GUUGUUUGAGAACGAGAACAAGUAGAGGAGUUGACAGAAGGCUGCAGCAGCUCGGCAAGGCCACGCUUCUUGGCCAGGGAGCUUGACAUCGCGGCUUCAGUUCCGCUGGUACUUCAGAAACAACACCGUUACGCAAGAACGCGCAAAUUCACCAAGAACGCACAUCCAGAUUUCGACCGAGCUAGGGUAUAUCGCAGGUCUCAAUGUAGCACAACGCCAUUUGCAGCUCUCAAGAGUUUACAGUCAAUCAGUCCAUCAAUGUCGUCCCUUAACAGCGUUGGUGGGGGAAGCACGAGGUCCAUCUUCCCCAAAGGACCCAGCUUCACACUCGAGAACUUCUCGAACAAGGACUUCAUUGUCAGGGAUUUUAUCGAGGAUCUAGCUGAGAGUGCUGUUCCCGUCAACCGGCGGUCUGGACCUGCGCAUCAGGCAUUCGAUUCGAAACCACUAAUCAGGACAUUCGAGAAUGCCUUAUCACAACUUGCGAGUUUAUCGGACGAGCUGGGAGAGAAAGAGACGGACCUUCUAACUUCUGUACGACGCGCUGAGAUACAACAUGACCAGACACUGGAGACAUUAGGGAGGAAACUGGACCAGUCUAUAGAUUCAUUUGAAACUCUUGACUCCUCUCUGAAUGGAUCCAGCAGUGCCAAUGGAAAUGAUCGCAACGGACGGCCAGACGGAGGAGGCAAUGUUGCGGUACAAAUAGGAGAACGCCUCGAGGACCUGGACAAGCAGAGGAGGAGGGCGCUGGACGCAACAUUCUUGAUACAGUGCUGGCUGGAAGUAAGUGAGAAUGGGCAACUCACGUCGCUGGAGGACAUGAUACGGAGACAAGGCAGUGGAGAGAAUAAAGUACGGUCAGCGGUCAUUGCCAGGCAACUGAUGAGGAUGAGCCAAAGGCUAGACCCAGCAUCUUGGGCACAGACAAAUGGGGCCAAGAAAGUCAAUGGCAUCUCCAAUGGGGUCGUCGGAUAUAGAGGCCAUAAUACGAGGGAGAUAAUAGAGAAGUUCUCGGAAACAUUGGAGAAGGAUUUGCUGAAGCAGUUCGACGACAGCUAUCGGAGGCAGAAUUUCGAUGAUAUGCUGGAAUGUGCUAAGGUUCUUCACGAUUUCAAUGGCGGUUCGAGUGUUGUUGCACUGUUUGUCAAUCAGCAUCAGUUCUUUAUUGACAGGAGCCAGUUGAUCACAGACGAAGUGACGACUGAUAAUGAAACGUGGGAGAAGCUUGCGGAUCCGGAUUCCGAUCCUCCAGGCGUGGAACCAAGUCUUCAGUCAUUGAUUGACGAGAUCAGAAUCGUCAUGCAGGAUGAAUCAUUCAUCAUCAAGCGAGCAUUUCCUUACUACGAGGUAGUUCUGAUCAAGUUUAUCCAAAGGAUAUUUCAGCAGUCCAUCCAGCAAAGGCUCGAAAUGGUUCUGGAAAAGGCGGACACGAUAUCUUCUUUGGCAUUUUUACGGUCACUGCAUGCAUCAAGAAGUUACAUCAACAAUCUCAUUGAGGAUUUAAAGGCCCAUGGACUGACAGAGCAUCCCGAUGCCUGCUCAGCCCAAACAGCUCUCAGCCUGGAUCAACAAUUAGACGAGCUAUUCGUCCCAUAUCUCGUAGGGAAUUCCUAUAUUGACAGAGAACGGAAGAGUUUAGAGGAGUUGUACUCCUCACUUCUCUUCAAGUACACAAUCUACCACUCUCGGAGGAAGAAGGUUCCUACCGGAUUUAUGGCUUCGCUUGCCCAACAGGGCACACAGCUGUUAUCCUCUGCCAAGGAUUCAUACAUCAAUCGACUAGAUUCUUCGGAAUUGACACCGACUCAGAAAGCAAUGAUGUUGAGAGUUGCUGGGCUCCGAGACACAGACAAGAACAAGAACGAGAUCGAAGUCACAGAUGAAGACGGAAUUUUGAGCAUUCCAAAUGCCAAGCGAAUGUUGAAAUGGUUAGCUGAAGGUGUCCGUAGGGCUCUGGAGCUGGGCAGUGGUAGUGAUACCCCCAAGGAUGUGUCAGCACUGCUGAAUCUGCUUUUGACGAGUAUGGGACAAGUAUACGUCGAAACCGCUCUCGACGCUGCAGCAGAUCAAGCAACUGCACAAGAAACGACCAAAACAGAGCCUGACAUUGCCUAUCUUCCGUCUUUGCAGCCAGCAAUCACGAUUACAAAUAUUAUGUCGCGUUUUAUCAAUACAGUAUUGAUUCGCCUUGCAGAGUCAAAUACGACAGUCAGGAGAGGUAUGGAGAUCCAAACAAAAGCAGGGGUUGAGCGGAUUGAAUCCAAAACCAACAACAUCAUCAGAAGUACGGUAACAGUGGUCCUGAACUGGGUGACCAAGCUACUUGCCAAUCAAAAGAAGAUGGAUUUCAGACCUAAGGACAGUGAACUCGACGGGGGCCGGUAUUUGGAAAUGCUGCAAUCAGCCACAUGCCAAUCGAUAUGCAGCUUCCUCGACCGAGUCGCUACCUUCGCAGCUCAAGCCAUCGACGGUCAGAACUUGGAAGUAUUCAGUUGUGAGCUCGCCUUGAACGUACGAGAUUUGCUAUUUGAGCAUUUCAAGAAGUUCCAGGUCAACGCAACCGGAGCUCUGAUGGUCACGAAAGACAUUUCGAAAUACGUAUCGACUCUUAAGGAUUGGCCGUUGACCAAAGAGGCCGAAGGAAGUGUCGAGGUGUUGAGCGAGAUUGGAAACUUGUUCAUUAUUGGACCAGAGGCUUUGCGUGAACGGUCUAGGAAUUUCGCGCCUGGUGGUGCGUCAAAGAAGUUGCAGAAAACUGACUUCAGAGCUUUCAUUGUGAAGCGAGAUGAUUCGGGAACUGUAGGGAUACAAAGUGUCCUUGCUGGACUAUAACAGCCCUGUUCCCAUGUUGCAUUUCAUUUGAGGCGUUUGGGAAGCAGAAGCGCAUAACUUUGAGGAGAUAUCGGACUCUUUGUCAGGCAAUGAUGUAUAAUAUCCAUUUGGUCCAUAUCCAGCAGAACUUUUUUUUCUUGCACGAGUCAAACGAAGGAUAC